UCAUUCAAUCCUGUUACCAUCGCAUCAAGCACUGCCAACAGUAUCACCACUCCAAACGCAUUUCCAAUCCACACACGAACAGCACCACCCUCACAAAAGCUUCCCAAUCCACACUCAAAAUGUCUAGCCGCUCAUACACCACCACGAACAUCUCCUAUGGCGGACCACGGACAUCCUCGUCCUCCGUCAGCUCGCGCGGAUCCGCUAGCUAUGUCGACUACAGAGUUCCCGUCUCCGAGUCCUCAGGCCGCUAUGGCAGCAACGACGGAGUCUACUCUGUGACCCGCAACAACGUCCAGGUCACCAACCACAAGCAGCGGAUGAGCGACCCAGCCGAGCCACGCUCUGGCGAUGCAUCGCGCUACUACGGCGGCUCCUCUUACAAGAGGUAG